UUUUACGCAAAUGAUUUGGAAAGAUACGGAGAACUUCGGCGUCGGAAAAGCAAGAACACGCGAUGGCAAGAUCAUGGUAGUUGCCUAUUACUCCCCUCCAGGCAACAUCCAAGGCAAGUUCAAAGAAAACGUGAACCCGCUCGACCACAGCGCCAUCUAUCGCGAGAAAAUUCGUCCCGCCUCCUCCUCCGAGGUCAACCUAUUUCGCUUAUUCCGAAGAAGGAAGAGGAAUAGGAGAGAGAAGAGGAGAAGGGGAGGAGAGAGAGGGGGCGAUAAAGAGGAGGAGGAGGAGAACGUGAUAAAAGUGCUGGCGAGGCAACAGCCGCGACUCGCGGGAAAAAACGCGACGAGGGUCAUUGCGGCGCAUCUAUUGGGCCACAGCGCGUCCGUCGUCACAACCUCAGAGGAAAAUGUAGAAGUUGUCAUAACCCUGAAUGCAAAGACGAAGAGGGAGAGAGAGAGGGAGAAGAAGAGAGACGAGAGAGAGAGGGAAAGAGAGAGGGA